AUGUCAUUCGCAUUGAAUCAAUUUGAAGAACUCGUCAAAAACAAUGUUCUCAGUGAAUUUGUUGCCAUCACUAAGGAAACAUUCCUUGUUUUGGGGGUUCUAAGUGGAAAACUUCCAAAUUUUUAUUCACAUAAUCAAACAUCUGAAGUUGCUGCUGAAGACAUGGAGACUUGGUGCUGGGUCCAUGUUGGUCCAAUGGUCGAUUUAGCUAUAAAGUGGACAGCAUUGAGGAGUAAUCUAUACAUUUCUAAAAUAUUUGAGUGGAAGAACGGAAAUAAGGGAAAUUCUCUUAUCCAGUAUUCAACAAUGAGUUCCUUGUUAUGGGCGAUUUCAGCUGCCCUGCACAUGCUUUCUGGUGUGCUAGAUAGAGUGAUCCCAGAGGAUGCAAUCAGCCUGCCUGGCGGCCAUUUGCCAUGGCUACCAGAGUUUGUCCCUAAGAUUGGACUUGAAAUUAUUAAGAAUGGUUUUCUGAGCUUUUCAAUGACAAAUGCUACAGAAUAUGGAUUUGAUCCCGUGCAAGGUAGCUCUUUCGUUGAGUAUUUGUGUCAUUUGAGACAUCAAGGUGAACAUGAAACUUCAGUGGCUUCUGUUUGUUGCCUUCAUGGUUUAGUUAAGGUUGUUGUUUCUGUUGAUAAGUUGAUCCAACUGGCUAAGUCUGAGAUUCUAACUCCAUCAUCUCAAGACCUCAUUAUGUCAAGAGAAGGUUUGAUUCUUUCUGGUGGGAUAGUUAAGUCGUCAAUUCUUGAAUUCAGAAGUGUAAUAACUAUUUUCAUGAAGUUAAUUUCUUCUGAGUGGCAAUUGAUGCAGUCAAUUGAGAUAUUUGGCAGAGGCGGCCCAGCUCCAGGGGUUGGACUGGGUUGGGGUUCUGUUGGUGGAGGGUUUUGGUCUAAAAAUGUUUUGUUGGCACAAACAGAUGUAGGAUUGCUUAUUCCCUUGCUUGAAAUCUUCCAAAAUGUAUCUGCUACAGAUCUGCAUACAGGUGAAGAGAUGACCUUUACUACUCAAAGGAUAAAUUCUGCAUUUGGUGUAUGUUUAAUUGUGGGACCAAGCUUUGGAUUUAUAAUGGAUAAGGCAUUGGAUACCUUGCUCCAAGUCCCUGUUCUAAAGUAUUUUGAUUUCUGUAUUCACCAUUUUAUUAGCCUUAAUAAGGGAUUAAAACCAUUUGUGUGGAAGUACAAAGAAGAGGACUACCAGCUUUUCAGUAAGAUUUUGGCUUCUCAUUUCAGAAACAGGUGGUUGACAGUAAAGAAGAAGAAGCAGAAAGCAGUGGAUGGAAGUCGUGGUGUUGGGGAGAAAAUGUCUAAGAAGGGUGGUAAUCUGGAUACUAUUCAUGAGGACUUGGAUACAUCAAGUAUGACCAGUCAAGAUCUCUGCACUUCUUUGUCAGUAGAAUGGGCUCAUCAGAGACUGCCUCUUCCCAUGCAUUGGUUUCUCAGUCCAGUCUCAACUAUCAAUGGCAGCAAACAAGCUAAUCUUCCUAGCACUUCUAACAUAAUAAAUCCAGUGGAGGACCUCAUUGAUAUUAUUGAAGUUGCUAAAGGUGGACUUUUCUUUCUUUUAGGUAUUGAAGCAAUGUCUUCAUUUGUUUCCACUGAGAUCCAGUCACCAAUUUGGAGUGUACCAAUAACUUGGAAAUUGCAUUGUUUGUCUGUAAUCUUACUUGUUGGUAUGGGCGUGCUUGAAGAGGAGAAGAGUAGGGAUGUGUAUGAAACUUUGCAAGAGCUCUAUGGGAAGCUUCUUGAUGAAUCAUGGUCAAGUAAAAGCAAAGAAUUCUUGGCAGAAACUGGAGAAAAUUACAGUGUGGAAUUCCUGAGGUUUCAAUCGGAGAUACACGAGAGCUAUUCUAUGUUUAUGGAAACUCUUGUGGAGCAGUUUGCUGCUAUAUCUUAUGGUGAUGAGAUUUAUGGUCGACAAGUUGCAAUUUAUCUACACCGUUGUGUUGAAUCUUCUGUACGCCUUGCAGCCUGGAGUGCACUAUCUAAUGCUCGUGUUCUUGAACUUUUGCCUCCUUUGGAAAACUGUUUUGCCAAAGCUGAAGGGUACCUUGAACCUGUUGAGGAUAAUGAAAAGAUUUUGGAGGCUUAUGUGAAGUCAUGGGUAUCUGGUGCCCUUGACAGAGCUGCAACUCGAGGAACAGUGGCUUUUACUCUGGUUCUUCACCAUCUUACAUGUUUUAUGUUUGGCUAUUGCAAUGAUGAUAAGUUAACACUCCGAAAUAAGCUUGCCAAGUCUCUCCUGCGAGAUUACUCUCGUAAACAGCAACAUGAGGCUCCUGUUCAUGGGUCUUGCCAGUGUAAUUUGUGGCUUUAACCAUGGAGUUGUCAAAGCUACUCUUCACCACUGAUAAGUGUGAGAUUAUAUUCUCUCUCUCACACACACACAUAUCUAUACUAUUAUUAAAAGUGAACAAUUCACUUGGUAUCGAAACUUUGUUGGCUUCUCCUUAUGCCACGUGUCCUCAUUUUCUUAUUUGAAAUAAAAAAAUUUAGAUAGUUGACACUAGUAGGACUUGAACCUUAGACCUUAGGUUUAAUAAACAAGGCUCUUACCACUCGCAUGACAUACCAUAUAUUGUAAAAAUUGUGUUUUAUUUUACUUGUUUUAAUUGACAUGCAUUGAGUGUGUCAGCUACUAGUAUAUAUAUAUAUAUAUAUUAUUGUAUGAUCAGAUCAAAGGGGGAAACACAACUUCUGAUGAUUGAGGAACCAGUCAUAUGCAAGAUAGUUAAUGUGUGGCAUCAUGGACAUAACCAUCUUCUCAUUUUCUCCUUUGUUUGUAGAAAGCCCCAUUUUGUUGGUAUUUAUACUUGCCC